AUGCCUCCAGGUCUUCGCUCUGCAGCACCCUCCACCCCAUCCAAAGCAACAACUACGCGCUCGCUGGACACUGAUGUACCAACACCUCGCAAAUCCCCGCAUUGCAAAACCUGUGGUCGCCCACGGAAAGGCCACCCGUUGCGCGCGUGCGGCGUCGAAUCUUUGCUGCCCAGCGACCCUAUCACUCCGUCCAAGCCAUCCGCCGCAUCUAUCACGACCACCCACGACGAUGAUGAUUCGCCCUCGCUCGUUCAAGCAAUGGACGCACUCUCGCUUUCUCCAGCCAAAGUCAUCGAACACGAAGAGCGCGACAAGGACGAGAAGCGCACCCGGCGCAAGUCGCUGGCGAGGCAGCAAAACAUCCCUAUUGACUUGCAGUCGCUGCCGAGCAUCUCGUCGUUCACGGGAGGGCUGUUGGAUGGGCUGACGCUCAUGUCUCCCAAGCAGGGUGUGGCGAAAGACGAAGACGACCAAGGCAGCGAGGGCGAGGUAGAACUGCUGCUUGAAGCCGAUGAAAUUGAGCAUGCUGUUGAUAAACGGGAGACGAUCCUCCAGUGGCGAGAUGCCAAUGGGACUCCGCGUAAAGUGCGAUUCAAUGCCAUCGCUAGUGCCGCUCAAGACGAGACAACGCCAACCAAGGUCCUGCGACCAGCACGCUUGAAGUCUCGAAUAUCGAUCUGA